UGUGCUGCGGGUUACCGGGGAGUUGGCGGCGGUGUCGGGAAAGUGGGCUAUGGCCGACGCAAGUGCCCCUCCAGGCGUGUCUUUGCGAGAAGCCACACAGCGAAGGUUGAGGAGGUUUUCAGAGCUUAGAGGCAAACCUGUGGCAGCUGGGGAAUUCUGGGACAUUGUUGCAAUAACAGCAGCUGAUGAAAAACAGGAACUUGCUUAUAAGCAACAGCUGUCAGAAAAGCUGAAAAAAAAGGAGCUACCCCUUGGAGUUCAAUAUCACGUUUUUGUUGAUCCUGCUGGAGCCAAAAUUGGAAACGGUGGAUCGACACUUUGUGCCCUUCGAUGUUUGGAAAAGCUUUAUGGAGAUAAAUGGAAUUCUUUUACCAUCCUAUUAAUUCACUCUGGUGGCUACAGUCAACGCCUUCCAAAUGCAAGUGCUUUGGGGAAAAUUUUCACUGCUCUGCCUUUUGGUAGCCCCAUUUAUCAGAUGCUAGAAUUAAAACUAGCCAUGUACAUUGAUUUCCCCUCACAUAUGAAUCCUGGGGUUCUGGUUACAUGUGCAGAUGAUAUUGAACUUUAUAGUAUUGGAGAAUCCGAGUUUAUUAGGUUUGACAAACCUGGCUUUACUGCUUUAGCUCAUCCUUCUAGUUUGACUGUUGGUACAACGCAUGGAGUAUUUGUCCUAGAACCUUUUAACUGUUUAGAAUAUAGAGACCACAAGUACAGAAGUUGUCAUCGUUUCCUUCAUAAGCCCAGCAUAGAAAAGAUGUAUGAGUUCAAUGCUGUGUGUAGACCUAGAAAUUUUUUUCAACAAGGCUUUGCUGGGGGUGACGUACCCUCUCUUAAAUUAGACCCUGAGUAUGUCUACACAGACAGCCUAUUUUACAUAGAUCAUAAAACAGCAAAAAAGUUACUUGCCUUUUAUGAAAAAAUAGGUGCAUUAAACUGUGAAAUCGAUGCCUAUGGAGACUUUCUGCAGGCUUUGGGACCUGGAGCAACUAUGGAGUAUACCAGAAACACAUCAAAUGUUACUAAAGAAGAGUCAGAGUUGAUAGAUGUGAGGCAGAGAAUAUUUCAUCUUCUUAAAGGAACAUCACUAAAUGUUGUUGUUCUUAAUAACUCCAAAUUUUAUCACAUCGGAACAACUGAAGAAUAUUUGUUUCAUUUUACUUCAGAUUGCAAUUUGAAGUCAGAGCUUGGCUUACAGUCCAUAGCUUUUAGCAUCUUUCCAGUGACACCAGAAUGCUCUAGUAACAAAUCAUGUAUCAUUCAAAGUAUACUGCAUUCAAGAUGUUCUGUGGCACCUGGCUCAGUUGUGGAGUAUUCCAGAUUGGGGCCUGAUGUUUCAAUUGGGGAAAAUUGCAUUAUUAGUGGUUCCUAUAUCAUAACAACAGCUGUCCUGCCUGCAUAUUCUUUUGUGUGUUCUUUAAGUUUGAAGAUGAAUGGACACUUAAAGUAUUCGACUAUGGCAUGUGGAGUGCAAGACAACUUGAAAAAGAAUGUUAAAACAUUGUCAGAUUUAAAGUUACUUCAAUUCUUUGGAGUCUGUUUCCUCUCAUGCUUAGACAUUUGGAAUCUUAAAGUUACAGAGGAACUGUUCUCUGGAAACAAGACAUGUUUGAGUUUGUGGAAUGCUCGUAUUUUCCCCGUUUGUUCUUCUUUGAGUGAUUCAGUUACAGCAUCCCUAAAGAUGUUAAAUGCUGUACAGAACAAGUCAACAUUCAGCCUGAAUAACUAUAAGCUGUUGUCCAUUGAAGAAAUGCUUUUAUACAAAGAUGUGGAGGACAUGAUAACUUAUAGGGAGCAAAUUUUUCUAGAAGUUACUUUGAAUAGAAAAUAAUCUGAUUUAGAGACAUCUUAAAUACUGUAUACUUUGCCUUUCUUGUGACUGAGCAAGAUUACAGAUGGCAGGAGUUUUCUGUAGACUGCUGUUUUUUAAUUGAAGUGAAUUAAUGAAAAUUAUAUUAACAUGGUUGCUAUAAAAUAACAAUAAUACAAAAAUACAAAUAAACCAUUUUUUAAUGAAAGAAUAUUAAGGCUGUACGUUCAGAAAAUGAUUUUUUGAUGUUUAUCACUAUUUUAAUUUUUCUUUUAUAAAGAUUGAUUUGUGGAGCGUUAUUUUGUUCACAAAAUACUAUAAUAGUUUUAAAGGUAAUUUUCUAAAUAUACCUGUAGAGUUUUUUCAUCUUCUUUUGGACUUUGGUUCCACUGAAGUUCUAAGUAUUCAUUGACCAUUCUCUCCUCAAGUGCUUUAGUCCUAUUCUGAUGAACUAAUAAAAAUGUCAUACUGUAGGGUCUUCAGAGCUCUGUGGGAAUACUGUAGAAGUACUUUUUUAGAAACAAAUCCAUGGCUGGCAGAGUCAGAUUAAAUCAAUGCUUAAAAUAUUGUGAUAGUCUUAAUAAAUCACUAUUACAUCAGAACCCAAAAUAGAAUCUGUAACCAAGCUUCCGUACUUUGACCCAAACCAUUCAUAUCUUAACUUCCUUCACUUGAUCUUAUUUGCAUUAAAAAAAAUUUUUUUUGGUCCAAAUAAAUAAAUAUUAAUAGAUACAAACUGUUCAGAAAUGAUGAUAAAAAUCUAUCUCAUUUAUUAAUCUUAUCCAAAUGAAACAAAAAGGGUAUAUGUGCUGUUUUAUACUUAUAAACUUGAACACAUGGUUGUGUAUCUUAAAAUUUUUCCCUGAAGUUUCAUCCAUCGGAAGGCAUACACACACAUAAGACUGCAGUAUCUGUAUAGGGAAAAUGUUGGAAUAACUGGGAUUCCCUAAUAAUCAUAUAAGUUCAUUUCAGACAUUAUUUUCAUCCUUCCUUAUUAAUCCUUUUAACAGAACUAUUAAUAUUACCAGAUGAACUAAUUUUUUCAUUUUUUAAUUAUCUGUCCAUGCACUGGUGAUGAUGCUGAGAAGCAAUAAAGGGCCAAAAGGUAGACAGCAGGACGGAGCCAGAAAAAUAGAAUGACUGAGAAAAUAUACAGAUGAUAAACAGCUUCAAGGAAAUAAAAGUUGGCUGGAACCCCAAGUUUUGUGUUCUUAUUUUGGUAUAGGCACAUAUGUGAAAUGUCUUCACAUCAAAGUCUAAUAAUUAUUAGAGAAAAAAUUUGUCUGAGUUUUGUGUUUUAACAUGAAUAAAUUAAAAUAGAAACUGGCCUGUGUCACUUUCAUUUUUUGAUAUAUGUCAAUAUGAAAUUAACAUGUCAAUAUGAAAAUAAUUGGUAAACCAGAAGUGACUUAUCAGCAACCCUCAAUUAUGAUAUUUAUGUGUAUUGGUUUUUUUUCAAGUUUCUUCCUGAAGAGUAAAUAAAGAUAGAUAGUAGCCAUUGUUUAGCAUUUACUGACUUAACUUGCAGAGAUUUCAGAGGAUAUGUUUGUCACUUAUUAAAAGUUCAAUGCUGUAUUUCUAAUCUAAUUGAUCUAAAGUGCCAUCAGUUAUUAAGAAUCACAUUUUAUGUUCCACUGAAAAAGAGAAAACACUACCAAUAAAAUAUGAU